AUGGGGCACCAAUGGUCAAAGCUCCACUCAAGAUGCGAGGACCUUGAGUAUGAAGCAUCCCAGCAGAACAAAAUGACGGUCAAGGAGCGCCUUACAACCAUAGAUGUGUCAACAAAGACAAAGAUGUGCAAACUGUUUGACAUCGCAUAUACAGUGGCAAAACGGGAACUUCCCUUCACAGUCUAUCCAACAUUAGUCAACAUGGAAAAGAAACACGGAGUGCGUCUUGAGGAGACAUAUAUUAAUGACAAAGCUUGCAGAAGCUUCAUCGACACCAUUGGUGAGACCAUGGUUGACAACUUGGACACAGACAUCCUGGGCCAACACAAGCGACCGCUCUACUUUUCACUACUGUUUGAUGGUAGCGCUGAUAAAGCAUUUUCAGAGAAAGAAAUUGUUACAGUUAAAGUUCUUAACAAUGGCCUACCGGAGAUGAGAUUACUGGGAAUUGCAGAACCUGCCAGCCAUGCCGAAGCUGUUUACCAAUCCAUCAUCACGAAAUGCCAGGAACAUAGAUUGAAACCUGAAGAUUCGUUAGUUGCAGCAGCCGCUGAUGGAGCAUCUAUCAACACAGGCCAGUAUAAUGGCGUAUUUACGAAACUCACACAGACUGGUUCAGAUGAUGGAUGUCCAUGGAUGCUCAAAAUUCACUGUGUUCCACAUCGUAUGGAGUUGGGUAUCAAAGAUGCAUUCCACAAGUCAUACUUCAACCAGAUUGAUAAAGUAUUGGUCGAUCUCUACUACAUGUUUAAGAGAUCUCCCAAGAAGUGGAGAGAACUGAAACGGCUUGGAACAACACUUGGAGUGCGGGUUACCAAGUUAGCAAGAGGUCAUGGGACACGGUGGGUUGCACACAGGAAGAGUGCAGUACAGGCUCUUGACCACAACUAUGAAGUCCUUGUGAGUCUCCUUGAAGACAUGGCAUCAGGGCAGCGCAAAGACAUCAAGGCUGAUGACCAAGGAAAGAUGAAGGGCUACUUGAAGAUCAUCAAGUCAGUUAAGUUUGUUUUCUGUUUGGCCUUCUAUGCUGAUAUUCUUGAUGAUCUAUCUCAGUUAUCCCUGAUAUUUCAGUCGAAUGAAACACCAAUCUUCAAAGUUCGGGCAAGCACAGAGGCCACUCUAAAUUCCAUCAGGGAACAACAGACCAAACCAGGCAAGAUGCGGCAGCAGGUGAUUGGAGAGCUCAGCACGGGCGAAUUCAGAGGACACACAUUGAGCAAGCAAGGUGAUGAUCCCGACCACAAAGGCUUCCACAAACUUGCUGCAGAUACCAUUAGCAAUAUUGUCAGAUGUGUAGAUUCACGACUUCGCUCAUUUGCAGAGGAUGAUGUUUUUGUUGCAGCCGACAUUCUUGACCCAACCAACUACCCUUCUAGAAUUGACAAAGAAGGCCUCAUGGAGUAUGGUAAUGAUCAUGUGCAGAUACUCACUGAUCAUUUCCAAUCGCUUCUCAUCAAACAGGGUUGUGAAAUCAACAAAAUUCAUUCAGAGUGGACUCAAAUUAAACUACACAUCAGCAGAAACCACACUCAUCUACCGGCACAUAAAUUGUGGCAAAAGAUGAUCGUGCACAAAUCAGCCGAGUUUUCCAAUUUUCUGCACUUGGUUCACAUCCUGCUCGUGUGCCCAAUAGCCAGCGCACAAGUGGAGCGACAGUUCUCUGCAGUCAAGAGAAUUCUAGGAGACUGGCGCCUGACCCUUGGACUGAAGACUAUAGAAACUUUGCUGAGAAUUUCUACUGAGGGACCAGACCCAGAUGACUUCGCUCCUGAGUCAUCAGUUGACAAGUGGUGGCAUAAUAGCACCAGAAGCAGACGACCACAUACUAAACCCCUCCACAAAAUGGCAUCUACCUCAUCAGACAUCUUGGAAAGCGAUGGCUCCACAGACUCCGACUCAGAUAGUGAAGCAGACAUUGCUAGUGACAGUCCUGGCAAAGACUCUGAUGGGGAAGACUUGCCAGACAGUGACUUUUAG